AUGGCGAGCCAGCCUUCCGCCGCAGGUGCCUUUAAGGAAAACCCUGUGGACGAAACCGCUCGGAAUGACAUGGAGUCCAGCGCUUUCGAGGCGCUCGAGAAGGAUUUCCAGGAGGUCUUGCAGGAGCUCAUCGGCGACAAGUCCCUGGAGCACUUCCGUCUCGAGUACGAGAAGCUCCACCGUGCCUUGAAAAAGUCGCACGAGAGCGAGAAGCGCUUGAUCAAGAAAUGCCGCGAGCUCAACCAGGAAAUCGUGUCCAACGCGACAAAGGUGCAGACCGCCCUGAACCUCUCCAAGGAGGACCAGGCGACCAUCGCGAACCUGAAGAAGGAGAUCGAGAGGGCCUGGAAGAUGGUCGAGGCCAGCCACGAGAAGGAGCAGAGGGCGAAGGAGACGAUCCACAAUCUGAAGGUGGAGAUCGCGAACCUGAGCCAUCUUGUGGAGCAAGGGGCCGGCCUGAGCGUGAAUCAGGAAAACACCGUGAACAGCUUGAUCGCGCAGCGAGAUGAGCUCAUCAAAGCUCGCGACAAGUUGGAAGCGCAGGUGGCCACCCUGACACACGACAACAUCGUCCUCACUGAGACGGCUCAGAGAUAUGAGUCUGAGAAGGUCCAGAGCGAGGUCGAAAUCGCGGACGUGAAAGACAUGCUCAACGCCAAGAGGACCGAGGAGGAGCGCGAGACCCGACGAAGGGACCGCCUCGAGAGCGAGUUGGCAGAGCUCAGGCAAAACAUGGAGGCCAAGGAGAUGUCCCUCAAGCAGGUGAAGGAUGAGAUCAAGCAGCAAGAGGACGAGAGGGCCCUCACAGAGAUCGCGCUCGAAAAGCAGCGUGCAGAGAUUGAGAAGCAGCGCCAGGACGAGGCCGGCUGGCAGCGCUCCAUCGCCGAUCUGAAGAGGAAGAAGCAGGAGGACAAUGAGAUGAGGAAGUCCAUCAGCGAGGAGAACAGUAAGCUGGACAAGGACCUCAAGGCCCGCUACGAGGAGAUCCGGCUCGUGACAGCGGAGAGGGACAAGACGAAGAAGACCCUCGAUAUCCUCAAGCGCCGGAAGGCCUUGGAUGACGAGGCACGCCACGAGAUGAACCUGGCCAAGGCCGUACUCCGGACGGAGACGGAGAACCUGAUCAGGGAGAUCGACAUGCUCAAGAAGCAGGCCGAGACAGAUAGCAAGACGAUCACGGACCUCCUCCGGGAUCGCGAGUCGCUCAAUCGAUCGCUGAUCCGUUGCGACGACCGCACCAAGAAUCAGACCAAGCUCGUGAGAACCCACGAUGACACGGCCCAGCAGCUGGAGCAUGAUGUCAAGAAGGUCAAGCUGGACGUGCAGGAGGCGAUCCAAAAGGCCUACGGCCUGGACAAGACACGGGAGAAGUAUGGCCUCGAGUGCUGCAUGGCCAACAGCAAGUACAUGAGUGCCCUUGAGGCCGGGCUUGCUGGGAGCUUAGCACAUGCCUUCUUGGCCCAUCAUAUGGGCGCUUCGGCCCUGCAGCAGGAGCUGAAGAAUCGAGACAACAAGAUGUCGGAGCUGAAGAAGAACUUCGCAGACGCAGCGCGCCUGGUGACUUCUGGGAUUGGCAAAGGCCACCACUGA